AUGGCCGUCGCCAUGAUCAACGCGAAAACCACGGAGCUGGACUGGGACCAAGUGAUGCAGACCCCGCGAGGCCAAGUUGUCCCUGUUUACAAAGCUACGGAGGCCGAGUGGGACGCUUAUGUGUACAGCGAACUCCAAAAGCUCAACUCGACCAGCAUGGAGUGGAUCGACGGAGAAAUCUUCAUCGUGGAGCGGCCGUCGUAUGAGCACGAUCGGUUUGGCCUCACUUUCCGUUGGUUCAUCACGCACGACCACCCUGUCAUGCCGUUCCUCCUAGCUCAUGCUAGCCCGCUUUACCCUGGAGACCGACUUCCCGUCCAAGCUCCAAAGCCUGUGAUUGCCCCGCUUACGACCGUCGAGUUCAAUUCGCGCUUGCUGUUGGGUCUAGAACCUGAUGCUGCGCUGUCCACUCAGUUCCCCGAUGCGUUGCCCAUCGACCUGUAUAAGGUGCUGAAAGAAGCUGGGCACGACCUAGGCAUCUAG